GACUCGUUACUUCUGUGUAAAUACUUGUGACAUGUCACACAUCUCUAAGUGUGAAUGUCAGAACUAAACCUGGAAAAAAUUUGUUUUGUUAAAAGAAAUGGCUAUUUUUGCAUAUAAAAGCAAUUGAUUUCGAUAGUGUAGCCAUAUAAUAUUUGGAAAGUGAUAUUUGUGUAGACAAAGUGCCGACGGUCAAGUGUAAGCGUUCGCAUAAAUUCCAAAACUAGUAAGAAAAUUCCAACACAGACCUUGAGUGGGCUCACACAUACACACACACAGAGAAUAACUAAUACACAGACGCUGAUAAACGGGUUGAAACGUCACUUAGCGAGAGUUCCUGAAGUGUUUCGCAGCUGCUGUUAGCCAAAUUAGCACAACAACAACAAGCAGAAGAACAGGAAAUUAGAACAAAGGACUCACGACGUCGAAAUGGUGAAUGUGCCGCCGCCGCUAUUAUGCAGCACGCCACCCCCGAUUGAUUUUGGCGAGGAUGACGACGAUUCGGGGCUGCCAUCGACGCUACACUUAGAAGACGCUGACGGCGACGCUGACGAAUACUCAGAGUAUGGCUUAGUCACCGAAGCCACGCUCCAUGCAAAAGUGCCCUCGUUGCCAGAGCUGUCCAUAUCAAUAGAAGCAGCGAAAGAUUUAAGCAAUGGUCAUGCAACGGCAACUGCCAAACCAACAGUGGAGGCUUUCAAUUAUCAGGUGAAGGCGCCCGAGUUGGAAGCAACAACAAUUGAAGCAGAGAUGCCGCCACCUUUGGAAACCCUUGAAGUAGUAGCUGAAGAAGAGCAGGCAGAGGAUCAAGAAGAUCAGGAAGACGAAGAGGCAGACGAGGAAGAAGUCAAUACCAAUGAUAACAUACCCUCACUCAAACUUGACAGCCUAAGUCUGUAUUCCAGCGAAAGUGGCACCUUAUCACCUGUAGCCGAUGAGCAACACGAGCGGUCGGAACAACAGCAGGAAACAACCAAAGCACCUGUAUUGUGCCACCAGGUUACGCUGGAGGAUGUCACAGAUGACAGUGACGAGGAGUGUUCGCCAAAGAAACCCAAAGAACUAUUCAUACCUGAGGGUGCUGAUGACUUUUUUGCCAUAGAGAUUGUAGCCACACCCACUGUUAAAGACCCGCCUGCAUUAAGCAGUCAGCUGCCCCAUGUGGAGCACCACAACUUUGCUGCAUUCCAAGAGACGCCGCCCGAAGAUCUACCUCAAAUGGAGAUGAAAGUAAAUGGCAUAGUUGAAGAUGAAGAUGAUGACGACGACUUUGGUGAUUUUGCGGACUUUGCCGCAGCUCCAGCGCCAGUUGUGGAAGCGCCAGCUGCAGUGUCAGCUGCACCAACACCAGUUGCGGAAGCGCCAGCUACAGUGUCAGGUGCACCCCCGCCACUAGCAGCUGUUGCAGCUCCAGUUACAGUUGUUCCAGUUGAAACAGAGCCUGAUGAUGAUGAUGAUGGCUUUGAUGAUUUCCAAGAUUUUGCAACACCUCCAAUGGAAGCAGCCAUUGUGGCGGAUGAUGGUGACGAUGAUGAUGACUUUGGCGACUUCUCAGAACCCUCAUUUGUAUCAGCUGAACCUGCAGUUGUCCCACAAAUUGUAUUGCCCCAGCCACCGCCGCCAGCUGCUGCGCUGCUCAGUAUCACAGAGCGUGUGAAGCCAGUGCUGGAUGUUAUGUUCCCUAACGUAGAAGCGAGCAGCGGCGAAAAGCAGGCAGCAGUAAAACAGACGCCACUGGCGGAUGUGCAGAGCUUGCAGUUUGGAGCUAUUGAGCAAGCACAUGCUCUGGACUAUCAGUGGGUGAAUUCUGAGAUGCGACACUCCCUGGUGCGUUCCUUGGGCAUUGACUCGCGUAAUAUUUUGUUUGGCGACAAGUGGAACUCAUCGAUGCCACGUUUUGCCGCCAAUCUGAGCUACAAUCCACUGAAGCCACUCAAACCAACGCCAGCAACUGUGUUGGAGCCUCAACUCAUUUCCAGCUGGCAACCCGCCAACAAUAACAACAGCAACAGCGUCUCCAGCCAGCUGCCUUUAGAGGAAUCACAUGUACAGACAUUACAAUUGGAACAACAACAAGUACAACAAGAACAAGAACCACAACAACAACUAGACCAAGUAACGAUGGUGGCUAAUGCUGAUAAAAUAAAUCUUGUUACCUCUAACUACUCCCACUACUCCAAUAUCAAUAACAAUCACGAUGCCUGGGAUGCGAUGGAACUCCUCUCUGAUAAUCUAAAUGACAAUAUGACAAUCAACAAUAACAACAACUUUAAUAACAACAACGACAUCCACAACAACAAUGCCAAUGAAAUGCACAAUUUUGUCACACAUUUUGCCACCAUCUGCAAUAACAACAAUCAUGCAAUAACAACUACAACAACUACAACUAAUACAACAACAACAACAACAAUAAACAACACAAAUAUCACUGCUCACGUCGCCUUGCUGGAUCUUAGACUGGAAGCAGCAGCAACAACUUCAGCCACAACAGCAGCAGCAGCAACACCACAAACGAGCCAAGUUAAAACGCAGUCUGGCAUUGCUAAUGGGCAAGGGAAGAGCGAAGCAAUCGACAACAUCAGCAGCAGCAGCCACAACAGCAUCGAUGAAGCAAUCACAAGUGGCAACGAUGCCGCCCAUUUCGAUGACACCGCAGCAACAGCAUCAGUAUUUGCUGUUGCAGCAGCAACAGCGACGCUAUCGCCUGCUCUAUCAGCAGACGGCAAUGGCCACCACUUCGACGACAGUGAGCAGCUCGCUCAGCCGCAGCAGCAGCUUGAUCUGAGAAGCUCCCCAACGCCAUCGCCGCCACCAACAACAACCACCACAGUCAAUAGCAACCAGCAGCAAUUGCAUGAAGUCAGCAGCAGCAAUACCUAUGCGCUGCCCCUCAAGGAGACGCAUAUUUACACGCCCUCAAAGUCAGACACGGCGGUGGCCAAGACAACAACGCUGGCGCCCAUCGACUUUGACUACGAGAUCGCUUCGGCUGGCAUUAUCAUAGACGAAACAGUCGUCAAGAAAGAGUAUCGCGAUGUGGAAUACAAACCACCGCCAUUUGGCCUAGAUUCGCCCACCAAAUUGGGCAGCAAACCAGCUGCCGAGGACGAUGACUUCAGUGAUUUCCAGUCGGUAACCGCGACUGUUUCGGCCAUUAAGAGUACGACUGCACAGCAGCUGCAGCCACCAAGAAAUGGCACACCUACUUUUGGGGAGCAGAUGAUACUUAGUCCGGCCAUUCUGUUGCCGCAAACAAUUCCAUUGGCCAAGCCAAGCAUUGAGUGGGGCGACAAUGCGUUGGCCAGCAUUAAUGCCGAGGAAUUGGCGCGCAUCGAGGAGCUAUUCUCGCAUCAGUCCAAGCCGCCCACGAUAAGUGCAACGGUGGCGCAGCAGUCGCCAAAGCAACAGGCGCCACCGCCACAACACCAGCAGCAGCAGGAGGAUGAUGAGUGGUCGGACUUUGUGUCUGUGCCUGUGCAGCAACAACAACAACAGCAGCAGCAGCUACAAAACAACCACAACAACAAUGUUGUCAAGAUGCAAAAGCAACAACAAUCAGUUGCAGCCAAAGAGGACGACUGGUCGGACUUUGUGAGCAGCACACCGUUGGCCAACAACACGCUCAAUUCACGUGCUGCGCCCCAAUUCAAUUCGGGCGCCUGGCAGAGUGCCAACUUUUACAAUAAUCCCAUGAGCCUCUAUCAGCAACAGCAGCAGCCACUGGGCGGACACAGCAAUCUGGUUCCCAAAUAUCAAAGCAGCAACAACGGCAGCAGCAACAAUAACAACAACAACAAUGUGCCAGCCAUACCACAGCAGAUUCAUAUGAUGCAUGACUUUUCCACGGCGCCAACAGCGACACCAUUAACAGCGCAGACUGCAACUUAUCAGCAGCAGCAUCAUCAACACCAUCAGCAGCAAUUGCAACAGCAGCAGCAACAACAACAACAGCAGCAGCAGCGUCAGCAGUUUCAUCUGGGCAAUGCCAAGGUGGCGCCACGCAUCUCUCUGAUACCCGAUCUGAGUUUUGUGGCACCGGCAUUUCCCACGAAUGCUGGAGCAUUCAUGAGUUCGCUGCCAAAGCCCAGUUUUAGUGCCAAGAAAUGACAAAAGCUGCGGAGGCCACAGAAAAAGUCGUCAACGUUGUUAGUGGUGGCGCCACAGCCACGCCCCCUAACAGCCGAGGCAAGCAUCUUGACGUAGGCAAGGCAUAGAAAAAGAAUUAACGCGUCCUCCAGUCAGUAUUAUGAAUCCGUCUUGAUAUUUAAUUCAUUUGCUAAAUAAGUUUUGAGAGAAGCUGCGCAUAAUGUUUGCUCCUUGUUAUUGUUGAACUGUGUGUAUGUGUGUGAGAGAGAAUGUGUGUGAGUGUGCGUAGUUUGUAAUUGUUGCUAUAGCUUAUUGCUGUUGCUGUUGUUGUUGUCGUCAUCGUUGUUGCCGUUGCAGUUGUCGUUGUUGUUUAACUCUUAGGCCGUAGUUAUAGUCAAAACAAAAAAUAGUAAAGCAAUGAAUGAGAAUUCGAUGUCGGAAAAUGAAUUUCCUUAGUGCAAUAUUUUGUGAGAAACUUUUGAAAUUAGCAGGCCCCGAAUACUUAACUUACUCAGCAACCUAGUACUAAUAGUAAUAAUAGUUCUCUAAGAGCUGCUAUUGUUAUAGUUUUAGUGUGUAGAAGUAUGAUUAUACCUCUUGAAUUUUUCUGAUUUUCAAUUCUUUUCGCUGUUUUAAAACCUUUAGGAUAUUAACAUUGUAUCGUCCCCAGUUUAGGCCGAAGUCGUUUAGUCAAUUUUAUUGGUACCGUUUCCACUUUAAAUUAAGCAACAAAAAGAGUCCCAGCCAUUCCAUAAGUGAGAUACUCCAGAUGAAGCCCGCCGCCUAAGCGACAUUUGUUUUCUAAAUGAAUAUAAAUAUUUAAAUAUAUUUCGAUAUAAAUAUAUUUAUGUUUGUGAAUGUCUUGUAUGCCUGUCUGUGUAAGUUGAAUAGAAUUUGUUACGAUAUUAGAACUGUAUAGCGCCGUGCAUUCCAAGAGAGUAGUCAUAUAUAGUCUGCCAUGAUCUCCGAAGUGAAACAAAGAACAAUCGUCGGCUUCGCACUUUUUGUGUUAAAUGUUUCAUUUAUUUAUUUUGCGUAAUGUUUUUGUUUUCUUUGUUUUUUUUUUUUUUAUUAUUUUUUAUCUGCUUGCGAGUGCGUGUGUGUGUGAAUUUAAAACAAUUAAAAUGUAAUAAAUUAUAACUAAAUUCAAUCGAUGAUCGUAAACGUAGACUUAAAUUGUAAAUUAUGCAUUUGUGUCUGUUUGUGUGAGUGUGAUUUGUAUAUUUUAUUUUGUUUUAUGUAUUUUUUUAUUUUGCUAACAAAGAUGAAAUUAAAAUAAAACCUAAACAUGCGACAUGAUUAAAUGUUGGUUUUGCUGCUUCAUUUCAAUUGCGACUACAAAUUAAAAGUAAAUGUGUAUUAUGUGCUACAAACUAUAUAUAUAUAUUAUACAACUAAUAGAUAAUGUACUGUACUGUAUAAAUAUGCGCAGAGAUAUAAAUAAACAAAAACAAAAAUGAAUAAAAAUCAUAAUUGCAAAUGAAUUUUGUUAUUUAUUUGAUAAUUUGAACCAAGUUUUGUUGUCUGCAAUACAAUCUUGCACUUAUUUACUUAUCAAUAUCUAGAGGGGCGGGGAUCGUCUCUAUGGGAACGGAGAGAGGCGUUGGUGAUGGGCGGAAGGGCUGCGGCAUAUUAAAUAGAUUCAUUUUAUGUGAUCCUUCUGAAAGGAGGGAGGCGUGGUGUCAUUGAAACCUGCUUAUAGUCUACAUCGAACAAUGCGGCUCACUUAUUGCCUGAGGAAGCUCAAGGGGAGAAGUGAAUGGGUACAAGUAGAUGGCCAAUGCCGUCUCUUAUUUGUACGCAUCCUUGUGUCUCUCACUCUCUCAGGAAGUUGCGAGUUGCCAGAGGACGCUACAGAAAGCCUCGUUAAAUGUGUGCAAUAUAUGUAUGUAUGUGAGGGGAUUAAUGGAUUUUUAAUGCAAUAAUUAUAAACAUAUGUUUGUCUAAUCUAGUCAGAAUUUGUUUUGUUUUUUUUUUUCUUUUUUGCGGUUUUUUGUUUUUUGGAUUUUGGGAUUGGCGAGCGAGGUGCACGGGGUGUAUAUAGAUAGCACUAUGGCAGUAAAUAGUACAUAAUAUAAUAAUUAGCAAUUUAAUAUUACAUAUCUCUAUACCUAUAUAAAUAGUAUGUACGUUCAUUAUAAAUGUGAAUGCAAUGUUAAUGUCAUAAUUCAUCAGCAUACUGCUUUUCUUCAACUUCUUCAUCUAAAUGUUUAACAGUUUCAAUUCAAUCGAUCGAUGCCUUAACACAAAGCAAAAACGUUAACAAAUCGUAAAAAAAAAUAUGAUGAAGUGACGUUAAUUUGCACAACUUCCAUCGACUUCAUCUCUUUUUUUCUUCAUCUUUAUCAAGUAUCUCUCUUCUCUCUCAUCAAUGAAUAUAUGCUUAGCUAAUAUUAUUUGUUAUGUAUUUCGGUAAUGAUAGUUGCCACAGUGGCGGCUCAAAA